AUGACGGACCAGCCAUCCAACUUCAAGCGCUUUGUCGAGGUCGGCCGCGUCGUGCUCCUCACGUCUGGUCCUCAGGCAGGCCACAUCGCGGUGAUUGCUGAGAUCAUCGACCACAACCGGGCCAUCGUCGACGGCCCCACAACCGGCGUGCCCCGCCAAUCCUUCCCUUACCGCCACCUCACCCUCACGCCCUUCGUCCUCACCAAGCUUCCCCGCGCGGCCGGCUCAGGAAUCAUCCGCAAGCACCUCGAGAAGGAGGGCACCAUCGAGAAGUGGAACAAGUCCGCAUGGGCGCAGAAGCGGGAGGCGGUGGAGAAGCGCCGGAAGCUCAACGACUUCGAGCGGUUCUGCGUCGUUCUCGCGAAGAAGCAGCGGAGAGACACUGUCCGCAAGGCGGUCAAGAAGGCGUCUGCAUGA